AAGGAAGUAAUUUACACGAUCGGUAGCACGACAAAUAAGAUAUGGCACAGGUGUUGGCAGUACCAGGUGAUGUCAGACAUGGAUUUUCGUAUGUAAGCCAAUUCAACCACAACUUCGGCCGGAUUACUGGAAUAGCAGCUACAUUAAAGGGGAACAUUUUGUUAUGCGACUAUGAUAAAAAGAAUCUGAUAUUAGUUGAUCCUCUUGGAAAUUAUUUAAAGAAGCUUAACGUAGACAGUGAACCGUAUGAUAUUGCUAUAACAAGUCAAAAUAUAGGCUAUAUUACACAACCAAAUUCCCGAUCCGUCCUACAAAUUGACCCUGACAGAAUGGUUGAACUCUUCCAUGCAACAUGCAACGAACUAAGUACUACUGUGUUUUGUGUUUCAGCAGUCCCAAAUACUGGAAGGGAUUAUUCAGGCAAAGUUCCUUGUUUCUUUGGUGUUAAUAUACAUGGUUUGAUGUACGCUGUUUCUGUCAAUUACGAGAAGAUUAACCUCACAGACAUAUCUAAAAAUGGAAGCAUAAUUGGUACACGUGUUGUAAAGUUCCAUACAGUUAAUAAAGAUGCUUGCUUAUUUUGUACAGGCGGUCAAAAUUAUAUCACGUAUAUCAAUAGUUGGGAUGGUUCAAAUAAGAUUUAUAAUAUUGCCACCAUAGAUACACCCACUGACAUAUGCUCCGACGACAACGGUCUCAUCUACGUCAGUGGACAGGGAUCGAAUAACAUACACAGAUUGGUUUGGGAAUCAAAAAAGACGAAGAUAGGAGAUACCAGGAUACGUACAUGGUAUAAACAGGAACAGGAUUAUAAAGUAUUAGACAUACCAUUGGAUUCACAUCAUGGAAUCAAGGAACCUGUCGCCUUGUGCUUCAACAAAGAUUAUAGUAAACUGUAUAUUGUCAAUGAAUGGGGGAAAUCAGUUUUGGUUUUCGAUGUUAUCUGAUCAAAAUUAGUGUUUGUCAAAUUGCUAUAAAUCCAAUGAAAUUAUUACUGUUCAUUGCGUGGUUCAAGUUUCUUUCUAUAUUUGUAAAGAGUUCAAUGUAAAUAUUUUGUUAAAUUUAAAAAAAAAAUAUUAAAGAGUCAAAUAGUAGUAUAUUUAAGUCUAAGUGUUGGGUACCCUUUAGUUGGUUUAUGUUAAUUGUACUUAUUGUUAAUAAUACUACAAACUACUCAGAGUCUGAAAAGACCAUAUUUUGUGCUCGACCAGAAAAUCAAGCACAUAUUUUACUCGUCUAGUCUAGACAUUAUCUCGACAGUACUUAACUGUACUCGACUUUGGUCUCGACUUUACUUAAUAAGCCUGAUUCAGUACAUGAUGAUCCGUGUGUAGUCUGAAAUGGUCUCGACCAAGGCUCGACCAGUCUU